GUGCACUGUGUGAGGAGCGUUUUAUAGAAGACACGAUGGAUGAAGAAUUAAAAUGCCCCGUUUGCGGCUCUCUUUUCAAGGAUCCUAUUCUUUUACCCUGCUCACACAAUGUGUGUUUGGCGUGCGCCCGCAAUAUCAUUGUACAGACCCCAGAAGGCGAAACACCUCCGCAAAACCGUGCCUCCGGGAACUCGGACUACGAUUAUUUGGAUAUGGACAAAAUGAGCAUGUAUAGUGAAACGGACAGCGGCUAUGGAUCAUACACGCCGUGCCUCAAGUCUCCAAAUGGGAUACGGGUGUUUCCUCCGACUCUGGUGCACCGCCACUGCUCCAUAACGUGUCCUCUCUGUCACCGUAGUGUCUCUCUGGAUGAGCGGGGACUGAGGGGCUUCCCACGUAACCGGCUACUGGAGGCGAUCGUGUCUCGUUAUCAGCAGAACCGCUCUGCCAACGUGAAAUGUCAGCUGUGUGACCGCAACCCUGUCGAUGCCACUGUGAUGUGCGAACAGUGCGACGUGUUUUACUGCACACCAUGCCAGCAGCGAUGCCACCCUUCCCGUGGACCGCUGGCCAAACAUCGAUUACUGCCACCGACCCAAUCGCCCGCGGCUGGAAGCCAGCAGAUGCCCGCCGGCACCAUACGCAAACAGGGAACGUGUGCAGACCAUGAAAUGGAGAACUUUAGCAUGUACUGCGUCAACUGCAAGACUCCAGUGUGUAUGAAGUGUCUUGAGGGUGGCAAGCACGGGAGUCAUGAUUUAAAACCUUUAGCUGCCAUGUGGAAACAGCACAAGUGUCAACUCUCCCAAGCUUUGAACGGUGUGUCAGAUAAAGCCAAGGAUGCCAAGGAAUUCCUAAUGCAGUUGAAGAACAUGCUUCAGCAGAUACAGGAGAACGGGGUGGAGUUCGAGGCCUGCUUGGUGGCUCAGUGUGACGCCCUGAUUGAGGCUCUGACGAGGCAGAAAGCCAAGCUCCUCACCAAGGUCACCAAGGAGAGGGAGUACAAGCUCAAGGUGGUGCGUGACCAGAUCACACACUGCACUAUGAAGCUGCGUCAGACCACGGGCAUGAUGGAGUACUGUCUGGAGGUGAUCAAAGAGAACGACCCCAGUGGCUUCCUGCAGAUCUCAGAUGCGCUGAUCAAACGUGUGACGUCGUCUCAGGACCAGUGGGUCAAAGGGGCUUUGGAGCCUAAGGUGGGCCCUGAGUUUGACCUGACCCUGAACACAGACCCCCUGCUGCAGACCAUACUACAGUUGGACUUUGUCCAGAGCAAAGAUAUACAGGAGACUCCAUUAUUGAAACAAAUGCAUGCAGGUGGAUUGAAAGAGACGGAGAGCGCAGGAGUGGAGUCUGCCACGGUGCCCCCGGCCCCCCUGCUGCAGCUGGAGAAGUGCUGCACCCGCAACAACAGUGCCACCCUGGCCUGGAGGGUCACUGUGCCCCCUAGCCACCCCAUCGAAGGCUACAUCCUGGAGCUGGACGACGGCAACGGGGGUCAAUACAGGGAGGUGUAUGUAGGGAAGGAGACUGUGUGCACUGUGGACGGCCUCCACUUCAACAGUUCCUACAACGCCAGAGUCAAGGCCUACAACUCCCCCGGAGUGGGGCCCUAUAGCAAGACUGUGGUGCUGAAGACAUCUGAUGUGGCCUGGUUCACCUUUGACCCCACCUCGGCUCACAGGGACAUCAUAUUGACCAAUGAGAACCGGACAGUGAGCUGCAACAGCUACGAUGACCGUGUGGUCCUGGGGACAGCCGCCUUCUCCAAGGGGGUCCAUUAUUGGGAGCUCAGGGUGGAUCGCUAUGACAACCACCCGGACCCUGCGUUCGGGGUGGCGAGGAUCAAUACGAUGAAGGACAUGAUGCUGGGGAAGGAUGAUAAGGCCUGGGCCAUGUACGUGGACAACAACCGCAGCUGGUUCAUGCACAACAACUCCCACACCAACAGGGCCGAGGGGGGCAUCUCCAAGGGUGCAACUGUGGGCAUCCUGCUGGACCUGAACAAGUACACUCUAACGUUCUUCAUCAACAAAGAGCAGCAUGGCCCCGUGGCCUUUGAGAACCUGGAGGGAGUCUUCAUGCCUGCUGUCAGCAUCAACAGAAAUGUCCAGGUGACCCUACUAACAGGAAUGGAGGUGCCAAAGAAUAUUAAGCAGCAGUAGCCUCCCAAGGUGUCUAGGCACAGUCCCACCAAUGUCAACAUGGAUUCCUCCUGCUCCAGCCCCCCCCCCCCCCCCUUAGUACUACUACUGUUCAAUGCCUAUGAUCAAAUAUCACCCUUAGAGGGAAUAUUAUAUACAAGGGACUUUUGUACAUCAAUUAUAUUGUUUUUAAAAAUAAUUUUCCAAGUCUUAAUUUCAUCUCAAUCCGUACAAUCAGAUUCUGUGUUUACAGUCAAAAUGCCACCGGGUGCUUUAAUGAAGUGCAUCUCUGAAACAAAAUCCCAUACAAGGGUAGAGUCAUGAGAUGCCCUACAGUACAAUGUCUCUACUGUAUUCAUCUUCUUCUCUCAGGUUAGUUCAUAGAGAGUUUGUAUACCCCUAUUUCUUUAGAGGAAACUGAACGUCAGCCUAUCUAACUCACAAGUAGAGAUGAAUAGAGCGUUUCUCAGACAUAUUAUUGGUGAUAUACUGUACUAUCUUUUCAACUUUACAAAGCCUUGCCAGAGUUGGAGUAAAUUCAGUUUCAAUUCUGGUCAAUUGAAAAUGACGUAUUGGGGAUUUUAUAUCCUAUAAAUUCAAUUUCAUGAAAUUGAAAUGGAUUUCACCCCAGCCUCACUUUCAAUAAGAAAGCGAGGUCAGAUCAGUAUAAAGGACAAAUCAGUAUAAGGGACAAAUCAGAGGACAAACUGUAUCUUAUCAAACACAAAAUUCUGUCGCUAGAGGACAAAUCUUGGUUCGAAGUGAAGCCAAACCACUGUGACAUUGAGAUGUAACAUUGCCAUGUAUUAUUUUGUCAAACGAUCUACAUACAGUAGAUAGUAUCUUCUUUCAAAGUAUUUAUUGUUUAAUGCGUUGACUUUUACUACACUAUUGAAAUAUUUAUUAAGAGGGUGUAUGCUCAUGUGAUGUUUGAAUGAACAGGUAUUGUUAAAGGUAUUUUAAAUCAGUUAAAAGUAUUGUAUUGACAGACCACCAGAGGGUCAAGUUUGCAUGAUAUGUAAGGAAACUGUAUAUACGACUGUCUCCCAAGCAUGUAUUCUAAGCUAACUAGUUUACUUAAAACUCUAUCUGUAUAUAGUAAAACAAUGCACAACAGUGCUAUGCGGAAGCCUUUCAAACAACCUAUUACACUAUAAUAACAGUUUGCCCCCUAGAGUUUGAGUUAGGAUUAUAGCGUCACAUUAAUUUCCCCACAGUAUGUAUUUUACCUUUAUGUGACAAGUUAAAUCAUUUUAUGGGGCUAAAGCAUAUUAAUAUGACAUGUCAGAUGACAAAAUGAAUGAAGAGGGUUAAGCAGUGCAUUUGGGAUUUGUCAGAGGGAAUCUUUAUGGAAUUGUAGAUACUAGGCAGGCUUAUUAUCCCACAUUUACAUUUGACCAUGUCUUCAUUAUGUUUCAGUUCACACACUGGUAUAUCAUUAAUCUGCAUUCGAUGCAGUUAGGAGUUUUGUACUAUAUUAUUUAAUUAUAAUUUUGUGAACAUCUUGAUCUCUUUCUGCUACUAAAAGUGUUGCUUCAAAGUAAUGUGCCCUUAAUCCAAAAUGGUAAUAUGUUUUUCGAUUAAGGAUACCAAAGCUAUUGCCACUAGAGGAACAUUCUGCUCAGAGUCUGUGUUGAAGUACUGUGGUACACUAUUGGUGAAAAUGAUUUGUACUGCUCUUGUAAUAUUUUCUCUUUGUAAAAACACCAAAUAUAGUACUGGCAUUUUUUAAUAGUCUUUAAAUCUAAUAUGGGGGUUAUUUAGCUGUGUUAAUGGUGUUUUCUGAACAGAACCAUUGCCUUGUACAUUAAACAUGUUGGUAUGAUGUAGAGCAGACUGUCUGAUGGAACUAAAGUAUGUCCAAAGCUAAAACGUGGAGAUGACCAUUCCCGGGGUAAAUAAAAUGGAUGGGAAAUGUACAUGAAAUGUUGACAGCUGUUAGGCUGGACUGAUAAUUGGCUAGAGCCAUUUUGUAUAGAGACAAGCCAAUGCAUCAGGUUCCAGCAUGUAUUGAGUUAUUAAGUGGCUCCAAGUGAAUGUUGUCAAUUACAGAACUGUCCCUUUUAUGAAGACAUUCGUAUAAAACUGAAUUAGUGCUUGUGACGGCAACUACAGUAUAGCGAAGUGUGAGGUGUAACAAAACCACAAAAGGCAAACAAAAUGGUGUCCAUGUAGCCUCUCAGCAAUCAUUAUGGAAAUGGCACAAAAAAAAAACACUGCAGGUGCAGACCAUAAUAUCAAAAGAACCUUAGUAGUAAAUGCAGAUAGUAGUUUAUCCUCUCUAAGUGUUGUCUAUUUGUGUGUUUGGCAUGGAUUUCCCCUCCCCAACAUGGUAGCCUGCUUCUGAAUGUGAACCCCCCCAAAAAUAACAAAAAAAUAGUGCUAGAAAGUCACUAUUGUCAGAUUACGUUUGCAUUUGAAUCUUUUUAUUUUCCCCAUAUUUACUGUUCCCACCCUGACUAUGGCAUGUGGGGGGAGGAGAUGUUGCAGUGUCUGUGGGGCAUCUCUCUUCUAAAGGCAGGCACGUAUCUCAUGCCCUGGGGUGCCUGUUGCCCUCACUGCCACAUUACCAGAGAACUAGGCUGGGUGCACCACCAAACCUCAUGGGGAAUGUCAACUGGUCCUAUAGGACACUGUAUCUAUGUCCACAGUAUGUGUCCACAAAAAGCUGUGCUUCUUUUUCUCGAAUUCUGUUCAUGUGUAUGUAUGUUCUUUAGUUCUCAUCUCUCCUACAAUGUAAACGUUUUGUACUUCUAAGUGGUUUGUAUAUGCAAUGCGUUGUACUUGGCAUUGUUUUCAUAUUAUACAGUGUAAAAGAAAAGCAAAAAGCAAUGUAUUUUUUUUCCUUUUUUAAAAUGAAUAAAUGAGUAACUGUGAUGGAA